UCUACAAUUCAAAUAAAAGCCGUGAUCAACUUCAAAAUCGAACCAAGCAACCAAUUUGAUUCCAUUUCCAUUCCUACAUUUCCCAUUUUGAUCAGCCAACAACUUGAACUGAAAAAAUGGCCGAUGACACCACUAGCAGCGUUGAUCCCAACAGCGGCUUCUGCUCAAAGACCAACACAUUCCACAGCCUCAGGCCGAAAGCCCCUCUCCCUUCCGAAACGACGCCGCUUUCCAUCACUCACUACCUUUUCUCCCACCUCCAAGCCUCCCCUCCUCCGCCUUCCACCCCGGCACUCAUCGACCCCUCCACGCGCCGUCACGUUCUCUACCCCGAGUUCACGUGCCUUGUCAAAACCCUAGCCGCCGCGCUAGAGUCGCAACUCAAACUCUCAUAUGGCCACACCGCCUUCGUCCUCUCCCCCAAUACUCUCGACCUCCCCAUCCUCUUCUUCUCUCUCAUCUCCCUCGGCGUAACCGUCUCCCCUUCAAACCCGGCCAGCACUGCUCCGGAGAUUUCCCGCCAAAUCCACCUCAGCAGACCCGUCAUCGCCUUCGCCACCUCCGCCACCGCUCACAAACUCCCCACCUCCCUCCGUUACAGCGCCGUACUCCUCGACUCCCCGGAAUUUCAGUCCAUGAUGACGUCGACGACGUCCACUCCGGCGCCGGAGCUUCCGCCCGUCUGCUUCCCCCAGUCCCACACCGCCGCAGUCCUCUACUCCUCCGGCACCACCGGGGCGGUCAAAGGCGUGGAGUUGACUCACCGCAACUGGAUUUCCAUGCUGGCGUCUGCCUACGCCGUCCGGAACCCGACCGCCGCGUCGCCGCCGCCUGUGAUGCUCUGCGCGGUGCCGUUCUUCCACGUGUACGGCUUCGGCGUCAUCAUGAGGGUGUUGGGGUUCGGCGAGACGCUGGCGUCGAUUUCCGGGAGGUUUGAUCUGAGAGCGACGCUGCGGGCCGUCGAGGAGAAUAGGAUCAGCCACGUGGCGUGGGCGCCGCCGGUGGUGGUGGCGGUGGUGAAGAUGGGGAGUGAGAUCGACGGGUAUGAUCUGAGCUCGCUGCAGGUCGUCGGCAGCGGCGGCGCUCCGCUUGCCAAGAGUGUUAUCGAUAAGCUCAAGAAACAUCUUCCUAACGUCCAAGUGGCACAGGGAUUCGGGCUGACAGAAACAACGGGUCGGGUGUUUGGCACGGUAGGCCCAAAUGAGACCCGAGUAGUAGGAGCAACAGGAAAGCUGAUGUCAAAUUUUGAAGCCAAGAUUGUUGACCCGGAUACCGGCAUUGCCUUGCCUCCUAUGAUGACCGGUGAGCUUUGGGUUAGAGGACCAUUUGUAAUGAAAGGUUAUCUUAGAGACGAAAAGGCAACUGCUGCAAGUAUUGACGCUGAAGGAUGGUUUAAAACUGGAGAUCUUUGUUAUAUUGACAAUGAAGGUUACCUAUUUUAUGUUGAUCGGAUCAAGGAACUGAUCAAGUACAAGGGGUACCAGGUUGCCCCAGCAGAGUUGGAACAUCUGCUUCAAUCCCAUCCUGAUAUUGCUGAUGCUGCUGUGGUUCCGUAUCCUGAUGAAGAAGCUGGUCAAGUACCAAUGGCCUUUGUGGUGAGGCGCCUAGGAAGUGUUGUUGAUGAAUCGCAGGUGAUGGAUUUUAUUACCAAACAGGUUGCAUCAUAUAAGAAAAUACGAAGAGUAUCAUUCAUCAAUGAAGUACCAAAGAGUGCACAAGGUAAAUUGAUGAGAAAAGAAUUAAUUAAACUUGCAUUGUCCAAGUUAUGAACUCCAGUUUCUCUCUUCUGGUGUCACAUUUGGA